UGCUGAGUUGGUCGCAAUCAUUGUUUCUCUGCAGCAUUAACCACAUUCCAGAGAGGCGCAGCGCAUCCUGUCUACAUCCCCGCAUUCCUCUUUACGCGAACGAGUCCCCGGCGUGAGACGGCGUUUAUUUGACAUUAUUGCUCGCUUGGUGUGCUCGGAAUUGCACAAAACUGGUAUUUACUGCGUGCUCGAUCAUCCAGGCUACUUUAAUCCGCGGCAAAGAGGCAGCAACACAGAUCUAGAUGAAAAUCCAACACGGGGAAAUUCCUCCGCGCAGCGCGCCAUUGACUGUAAAGACCUUUCAACUUAACAAAAACUGAAGUUGACAAACGUAUCCCCGUCGGCUGAAACUGUGAGAAAGAGUUUGUUUUUUUCUCUCUCUUUCGGCGGAGCGCGCAAAGCGAGGAGGAAAGACGAUGCGGCACUCGGUGGAGGUUUGCGGGUCCGCGGUGGGUUUUGUGUAAAUGAGCGUCGGCUGUAGCGCAGCGUUUUGUUUUGAUUUCCAUGUGAAACGCAAUUAGUGCUCCGCGGCGCUGCUCGCUAGUUUGGCUGGCGGAGCGGAGCUACACUAUCUCAACUUGUUUCUGCACAACAUGGAGCACUACCAGGAGGAACUGGGACUCCGUGCCAGCAAACUGAUGGAGGACCUUUCCCUGUACGAAGCCUACAAUGACGGGAUGUACAACUCGAGGAGAGACUUGGUGAUUAGCCCCGAUUUAGACUUUUCGGCUCCGGCGGUGGCGGAGCAUAAAAGUACGCCAAUGAAUGGCACCUCUGUGCUUCACCAGCAGCAUCACACAGUGGAGAAUUUCACGUCUGGAAACAAAGUGUACAACGCGGCUCCAGUGCGCCCCGUGAACUGCAACCGGGCCGUCCCCGUGGACUUCUGCACCCCGCAAAGAGACGCUGUUUACGGGGAGGAGAGCUGCUGCACUAAGUCCGAGGUGGCUCUGCCGUGCUACACGGGCCCGUCACAGGAGAGACACCGCAGGUUCUCUCUGGAGGCGCAGGGCCACAGGUACAGCACCGGCUCCGCCUUCGACGGCGUGCCGCUCCAUAAACCGGCGGCUCUACCCGGCAACAGGUGCAACAGCGUGUGCAUCACGAGCAGCCACGACGGCAGGUACAACGCCACCAGUCCUCGGUCCAGCCUGGCAUCUUCUCUGUCCUCCCAGGAGCAGAGCAAGCAUGCCAGUCCGAGGUCGAGCAUCAGCAGCCCGCGGACCAGUCUGGUGGUGCCGGGUCAGGACAGGUACACCAGUCCCAGGUCUAGUUUGGUCCACUGUGAGGGCAGCAGUGCCCUCAGCCCCAGAUCCAGUUAUGCAAGCACCGCCAGCGACACGAGUAAGCACUCCAGUCCGCGGGCCAGCCUCAACAGCUGCGACUGCUGCAGCAAACCCAGCAGCAACCGCACCAGCGGGAUCAGCAUGGGCUACGACCAGAGGCACGCCAGCCCCAGGUCCAGCACGGCCAGCCAGUACUCCUUCACCACCAGCCCCAGGUCCAGCUACUCCGACUCACGGUACGGGCCCGUAGUCAACCACGAUAUGGAGGGUGCGAUUUUACACGCAGCGCCGCUGGCGAGCCCCCGCUCGAGCAUCUGCAGCCAGGACGGGAGCGCAAGACCGGGGACCACCGCGAACUGCGUGGUCAGUCCCCGCUCCAGCAUCUCCAGCCACAGCUCCAGAAGCUCCCGCAGCUCCAGGGGGUCAAUGAGCACGUACCCCGAACUGCAGCUGCCCUCACCCAGGUCCUCCAUGCUGGGGAGCAGUUUACACGAGGACACGCUACUACAGGAGUUUGGAGACUCCAACGGGAUCCAGACUCGCAUCCACCUGCAGGUGCUGUCGGCGGUGCCCGAGCCCCAGCAUCAGCAGCAUCAGUCCCCGCAGACUGGAGGGAGUGUUGAGAUGACUGCGGGUUCAUCACCAUCAUUUAGUUAUGGCGUGUCCUCAAAACCGACUUCCUCGGGCCAUAGGUUUAAGUUGCCCUACCAGGUGACUCCCAGCCGGGAGAGUGGGCCGAGCCAGGCGGAGAGGCGGCUGGAGGCGCUCACCCUGGAGCUGGAGAAGGAGUUAGAGAUGCACAUGAAAAAGGAAUACUUUGGUAUCUGUGUCAAAUGUGGGAAGGGGGUGUAUGGAGCCAGCCAAGCCUGCCAGGCCAUGGGGAACCUGUACCACACGAACUGCUUCACCUGUUGCUCCUGCGGGAGGAGGUUGCGAGGGAAAGCGUUCUACAAUGUCAACGGGAAGGUCUACUGCGAGGAGGAUUUCCUGUACUCUGGUUUCCAGCAGACGGCGGAGAAGUGCUUUGUGUGUGGUCACCUCAUCAUGGAGAUGAUCCUCCAGGCGCUGGGCAGGUCCUAUCAUCCAGGCUGUUUCCGCUGCGUCGUGUGCAAAGAGGGUCUGGACGGAGUGCCUUUCACCGUGGACGUGGAGAACAACAUUUACUGUGUAAAAGACUACCACACGGUUUUCGCUCCCAAGUGUGCCUCCUGCAACCAGCCUAUUCUUCCAGCACAGGGCUCUGAGGAAACCAUCCGGGUUGUUUCUAUGGACAAGGACUAUCAUGUGGAGUGUUACCACUGUGAGGACUGUGGUCUCAAGCUGAACGACGAGGAGGGCCACCGCUGUUAUCCACUGGAGGGACACCUGCUCUGCCACAGCUGCCACAUCCACCGACUGCAGUCGCAGGUCCCGGCCCACCCGCCCCCCAACUACCCCCUCCAUGUCACUGAACUGUGAGUGGGAGGAGGGUGGGCAGCAACCAAGCCCUACCUCCCAGGUGAUCCGGGACAGCAUUAGUGGGCAAAAAAAAAAAAAGCCCUCAUGCCCCCUCCAGCAAUUCCAGGGACACACCUGUGUGGGCCAUGUGAGCUUCUGCUCCUGUUCUUAACUGGACAGCCAGGUCGUGGCAAACACACUUAGUGCUGCUCCCACUACAUGUCCUGCUGUCAUAUGACAAGGCUGGGAAAAAAGGGUCCUUCUCCUUCUCCAUCUGUGGUCCUCUCCUCCCCCCCGUCCCUUCGGGUGUCUAACCCUGAAAGCCAACACGCCGGCUCAUCCAGAGGCCCCUGGUGACGUCACACCUUCUGACCUCUGCACAUUCAUCAAAGAGAGGGUUUUUGUUUUUUUGCAUUCAGAGGAGAGAGCACAAACUGGCCUCUCUCCUCACUUCCCUCUUUUCCCAAUUCCUGUGCUCCAACUGAAGCAGUUCACCGCAGUGUAUUCACCAGUGCUGCCGAUCUCUGCGGCGGGAAAGGCCAGGGAAACGAGUCACUACAUUCCACUGCCGGCUGGACAGGACAGGCACCAGGGAGAUGGGUAUGCUGUGCCUUCAGAGCCGGGGGGAAGGGGGGGCCCUCCCCGGUGCAGCUAUUAGCUAACUUUAACACUGACAUGUAGCCUGGCUAAAGAGUAUGCAAAGGACACCUAGCAUCCUGACACAGAGCUAUGAAGACUGUUGACUCAUCAUUCCUAAUCUUGCACCACCCCAACAAAACAGAUGCACCGUAGCAGCACAAGCUCAAGGACCGACUGACAUUCCACUCAGAAAUCUUAGACAAGACCUUGAGAGAUUCACAAGCAGUGUCUUAAUUAAUGAUUAUAUUAUGACAGAAAAAGAAAUUUUUUUAGAUGCACAUAGAUUGUCUUUUAUAUAUGAAUAUAUAUUUUGCAGAUGUUUUCCACAUAAGGUCCUAGUUGUAGAGUCUCUUUUUUGUUGUUGUUGUCGUCGUUGCUGCGCUCUGGAUGUGUUCAGAGGUGAAACACGCCGUCUUUGAAGACUUUUGGUCUUUCGUAUCAUUUCUUGUCCGGGACACAAAGCCUCCUCGUGUCUGUCAGUGGGUCAGAGAUCCACAGGCUUUUUUAAAAGCAGACUUGGCUCAAAUGGUAUUUGCCUGCACUCGUUUAAUUCCACUUUGAGUACUUGUGAUGGUCACUUCUCAAAUUUGGCAACAGAUCAUUCAUUUCACACAGAAUAAUCCCUCCCUCUCUUGACUGUGGGCAGCUAUAACAUACACUGUCAAAUAGUUCUCAGUGCUUAUAUUUGAAGCUUGAAUUUUAUUCUAAAAAUGUGUUUAAAAAACAAAGCAGAGUGGAGAACAGUGAGAACAGCUUUACUGACAUUAUGUAUGUGACAUUAUGUAGAUAAAUAUUCUACAGAUGUGGAAUGUUCUUCCCCAGACAUCUUAAAGGAAUACUUCACCAACUUGCAUUUAGCUUUGUAUUACUAGCAUAACUGUUAGCAAAGAUGAUGGACAGGGUUUACAUUCUAAGAGUGGGUCUAAUAAAGUGCGGAAUUAGCGUUGCCCACUUUAACCAUCCCCCACUCGUAGGGGGAC